AUGAGGCUGAUACAGAUCUGCGCCGUGCUGGCUCUAGCCGUCUCCGCUUACUCUGAGGAGAAGAAGCAAGAGAAGAGGAGUUACUCUGGUCUGACUGGAGGCUACGGUUAUGGAGGCAACAGCAUCGGUUCAAGCUACGGAGCCAUCGGUCAUGGACUUGGAUCUGGUGGAUACAGUUCCGGUUUGAGUUCUGGUGGAUAUAGUUCCGGUCUGAGCUCUGGUGGAUACAGUUCUGGUCUGACUUCAGGAGGAUACAGCUCCGGUUCCGGUUUGAGCUCCGGACUCUACAGCUCAGGUCUUGGCUCAGGACUGAGCUAUGGAGGUGGAUACGGAGGUGGCUAUGGAGGUGGAUACGGAGGUGGCUAUGGAGGCGGAUAUGGAGGUUAUGGAGGACUUGGCUCAGGAAUCUCCCUAGGCUCCAUCGGCUCCGGCCUCGGUUUCUCUGGCCUAGGAGGCGUCGGCGUUUCCUCUGGACCUAUCACAGUCAACACUGUCUCUCAAGCAGUUCCCGUCCCACAACCUGUUCCCGUUCCAGUCACAGUGACUCGCCCUGUUCCCGUUCCCGUUGCUCACCCUGUUCCCGUAUCAGUUCCAAGACCCUACCCCGUACCUGUUCCCCAACCGUACCCAGUCACUGUUAACAAGCCUUACCCAGUAACUGUUCCAAGACCUGUUCCCGUUUCCGUCCCUCACCCUGUUCCAGUUUCCGUUCCACAACCUGUCCCAGUUUCAGUUCCUCAACCGUACCCAGUAACAGUCACAAGACCUGUUCCCGUACCAGUUGCAACACCUGUUAUCAUUCCUCAGCCUGUAGCCGUUUCUGCUGGACCAGCUGUUGGUAUUAGUCUAGGCAGUGGAAUCGGUUCUCUAGGUGGUGUUUACGGAGGUAGCCUCGGAGGUUCUUACGGAAGCAUUGGAUCCGGCUCUUAUGGUUACGGUUCUGGAAGUUUGGGAAGCAGUGUCGGAUCUUACGGAUACGGAUCUGGCAGCCUAGGAGGUUCUUACGGAUCUGGAAGCCUGGGAGGUUCUUACGGAUCUGGCAGCCUAGGAAGCUCUUACGGAUCUGGCAGCCUAGGAGGUUCUUACGGAUCUGGCAGCCUAGGAGGUUCUUACGGUGGAUACAGCAGUGGCCUCAGUCUCUCCCACGAAAGUCUUGGGUCCUCGUCUUACGGAGGCAGCUAUGGAAGUGGAAACAGCUACGGAAGUGGAAGCUACGGCAGUGGCAGCAGCUAUGGAAGUGGAAGCUCAUACGGAAGUGGAAGCUCCUACGGUAGUGGAGGAUCUUACGGUGGCAGCUACGGAAGUGGUAGCAGCUACGGCUCCAGCAACAAGGGCUGGAACUAAAUCCAAAGAUUAGGGUUGUUUCUGUAAAGUUACCAAAACUCAUCCAUUCAUCAUCGAACUCGCAUCUUUGCUCACUACAUAUUGUGAUACAAACAUUUUAGGUUAAGUAAAUAAACUUUUGUAUAAAAUAUUACAA